AUGGAAACUGACCAGAGUCUUCAUAGAAGAAGAUUCUCGCUAGUGGUGGAUAAAGAAAGGAGUCACAGUGUGGAUGAUGGUCGCGCUCCUCUAGUGGGCAGUUUGGUGUUUGAGUCGGAACCGGGUUCCGAAACGGAUUCAAGUUUGAGAACGGUGGAACCAGGCAGUUCCAAAGAUAUUUGCGGAUCAAAUUCUAAGAGAACUGAACUUGAUGUUGACCCCUUUUUCAAAUCUCGUUCCAAAUCUGUUGGAGACAAUCCCUCUAGUGAGAGUCCCACAUCUGAGUAUCAAGCUUGCUCCACAUGUCCCAAUUCUGCCUCUACAAGCAAUGAUGCCUGGUUCUCAUGUAUCCACUCGUCUCACUCCUGUGAGUCUACGCCGCGAGACUCAGAGAUGUGUCAAAGACAUCACCAUCGGAGACCUACCUGUGCUAUGCGGUUUACCGAUCCUAUAGUCAGGUAA